AUGUGUGCAGCCAUCUCUGUCAUUGAGGACGAGGGUUUUGAUGAUGUCCCCAUAACGGAGAGAUACGCUCUUCGCUAUCUAAACGAAAGGCCCGUGAAGGAGCUUCUCUACGACGGGCACGAUGAAUUUCUCCAGUUCUUUGUCAAGCACAACUUACCACAAGAUGAUCUGUACGACAUUUUGCGAGCUUUCAACACUGCCGAUGAUCUUGCGCUUCUCCGUCGCCUAGUGUUCCUCUCCAAAUCAGACGGGAACUCGUUCGCAGAGGUAAAAUGGAGACAAUUUUGCGAGAAUCUUUUGUUCGAUGCAGUGAAAGAUGAGAACGAAGCGCUAUUAGAGAUGCUACUCGACGUUGGAGUGGAUGCCAACGCGAGAGGACAUUCCAGACAGUUUCACGAUUCAACGGCAACUUUCAAAGCUUUCAACGCUUUACAAAUAGCUAUCCUCGGCGGUAAUAAGAACGUGAUUGACAUCCUGAAUAGCUGCUGUGCUAGAAUCUUCACUGGUAGUCCAGUCGUCGAUUCCGACUUCCUCUCGGGCGCAUUCACUCGGAAUACUAUAGACUUCGCGAAACCACAGCUCGCUAGUGAAGCGACUUGGCAUUCCAAACCAGGCGGGAAAGGAUUGGAUAUACUUGUUCACGCCGUGGAACAAUCCUACGACAACAUAGUAGAUAUCCUCUUCGAAGCAGGCUUUAACCCUUACUCCAGAGCCGAUAGAGGAGAUUUCGCCACUGGAUGGGUGCCUCGCGACAGCGCUUUUAUGGUCUCUUUGCGUACUAGUAAGACCAGAUAUCUUGGAAAGUUCCUCACGUUCCCGUAUCAUGCUCUCGACAGGAAGCGGCGUCAAGAACGUCUACGACAGCUGACUGCUGGAUAUGUAACAGCUCGUUGUACCGAGAACGUCGCUCUCGGAAAGGCAAUCCUAGAUGCUGGAUGGCGUCCUGACCACGUCAAACUAGCCAUGGGAUACGACUAUGUGCAAGAGUACCUCCAUAAUGCACUCGAACAAGCUGUGGAACGCGGUUAUUGCGAAGAAGUCAGGUGUCUCCUCCAAAUGGGUGCCAAUCCAAACCUUCUGUCGUACACAUAUGUUUCGGGUUCAAUAAUAAGACCGCUUCAUUCGGCGAUAGAAGAAGGGAACGUUGCUAUAGUGCGCCAAUUAGUAGAGGCCCGGGCCGACGUCAACGUCUUGAGUAGCCGGUCAAACUUGACGCCACUACAAAAAGCAGUCUACGGGAGCUCUCUCGAGAUAGUCAGCAUAUUAGUUGAAGCUGGAGCUAAUGUCAAUUCUACUACGCGUAAAUGGAGCAGGAGCGCAGUCGAGAUCGCUGCUGACAAGGGCAAUCUCGAAAUGGUCACCUACCUCCUCGAGUCUGGAGCUAAUGUUCAGGGACGGCACAAUCAUAACUACAGGAGGACACUGUACUGGGCGCAAAAUCAUGGCCACAACUCCGUGGUAGACUUACUACAAGACUGGAAGAGGUCCAGACAUGGAGAGCAAGACUGCGAUGCGAUUGGCAACAUUAUGAGCUCGACGACGGAGGAAGAGUUGGAUCUGCUAUCAAGAGUUUACGAUUGA